AUGGAUAGUGACCCGAGUAGAGGUCCACCUGAUAAGCAGGAUACCAUAAUGGAUACUGUUGAAGGUGGAGGGGAGUCCCAAAUCCCUUUGUCGUUCAAAGAAAGGUUACUGGGAAUUAGGAAAAGGAGGGCUUCUACAAAGGUUACACUUGAGCCAGGAGACGUGAUAAUGGAAAGGAGUCCGAUGGGUGGGAAGCUCAAGUUCUCCGAGAAGCUUAAGGAGUUAUUCAGGGAGGAUUGGGAACAUAUGGUGGUUGUCUCGCUUGUCAGGAGAAACUCUGACAUACAGGGGACUGAGCAAUGCAAUGCCGAAGAGGAAGAAAAAGCUCUUAGGGGGGGGUCCCUGGUUUGUUGGGCCGUACUGCUUAUCGGUUCAGAGAUGGAUGCCCGUUCCAUCUGCAAGGAGGAGCUAAGGGUACAACCCACUGUUGAGAAGCCGGAGAUGGGUCCUGCUAAACAGAGGUCGGGGAUGAAGGAUGGAACAGAGGAGAAUUCAAUUGAGAGUGGCGGUCAGUCGAACGAGUUCAAAGGGGAUAGUCAGGUGGGGUUAGGGCCUUGGAUGGUAGCACAGAAGAGGCGGGGAAGAUUUAUCCGGCAACCGAAACCAGCACCGGAACGGCCAUCACCAUUGCCUAAGCAGCGGGACCAAGGGGGCUCGAGAUUCAACGUCCUUGCAACGAAACCUGAUGUCUGUUCAGCGAAAGACCCAACGGUCAGAAAUCAAGAGACAAGCAAGGGUUUCUCUUUCGCUAGCCCAAAGCAAGUGGAGGCCCAAACAAAGCCAAACAAGAAGAUACCAAGGGCCCACAAGGGAGCAGAUAAAAAGAGUGAAACGGAGAAUCGGAUUAACAUCGGAUUGAAACAAAAGGGGAAAGCAGCUAGAACAAAUAACAAGAAUCAAUCAAUCGAGAAAGAGAGAAAUAACCAAGGACAAUUCUCUUAUCCAAUCUUGGGUGGGAUUCUGAGUACUCCAUCCCGAUGGAAGGUGCCUCCCAACCAGGUCCACGCUCUGGGAUCUAAGGAGCCACCAGAUCUGCAACGGGGUGACAAAGUCGAGGCGCCACCAAGGGACUCCAUGGUUCUCUGGAAUGAAGGUGAUGUAUCAGUGAGAUUUCUUGGUUCUUCAAGGCAGUGGGUUUACUUUCACUGGGAGACAGGUAAUGACAAGGGGCUAUGUACCGCGGUUUAUGCUUCUCCGGCAGCACAAGUGAGGAGAAUCUUGUGGCAAGACCUGGUGGCAUUGAGAAAUCAAUGCUCAGAGCCUUGGGUGAGGCUGAUUUGGGUUGUAGGAAAUGGAAGAACCGUUAGGUUUUGGGAGGACGUUUGGGUUGAAGGAGCAGGUAGGUUAGCCGAUCAUGCUGAGAGAAAUAUACCAACUGAGUGGAGGAUGGCACCAGUGGUGGAGUUCACUUUACCAAACAGAAGCUGGGAUGUUGCGAAGAUGAACUCGAUCCUCCCUUGUGACUUGGUUGGCCGAAUCUGUAGGAUACCUCCACCGAUGGAGGCCCUAGGGAAAGACAGACCCUCAUGGUUAUUUAACAAAGCUGGUAAGUUCUCAGUUAAAUCAGCAUAUGAAUUAGCACUUGAUGAUUCUAUUUUGCAGGCAAAUAGAGACUGGAGGAAGAUUUGGAGCUGGGAAGGUCCACAGAGAAUGCGAUCCUUUUUGUGGCUAGCAUGGCAUGACAGGCUUCCAACGAAUGUGCUAUGCAAGAGAAGAGGAGUCAUUCCAACGGAGACGUGUUCGGGGUGUAGCAGGGAGGCUGAAUCAACACUCCAUGCUCUACGAGAUUGCCCUGUGGCGAGAGAACUAUGGACGCAACUGGUACCCAGGGAUCGAAGGCAUACCUUUUUCCAGCAGGAGUUAAAACAAUGGCUGAAGUCGAAUUUAGAUGCAAACGACCUAAAGUGGAAGACUAAUUUUGUGUCUACUUGCUGGCUAAUAUGGAGGUGGAGGAACGAGAGAGUAUUCAAUGGGAGACUAUAA